GAAUCUACUAUAUAGUGUGACUCAUCCUAUGUCGUAUCUGCCGUUGUUCCCUUCACUCAAGUCCGUCUAACAUAAAAAUCACACUAGGUCUACAGAUAUUUUCUCAACUUCCUGACUCGCCUUUUGAAAAUGUCUACCCCGAUUUUCGAAGUUUGUCCUAAUCCUUCUCAUAGGGUCUCGGCUUUGUUGGCAGAGGCUCGCAAGCUUUUGUCGGAUAUAAGCUCUACAAGUUGUAGCGAUGGUGGCAAUGGAGGAACUGGUCAUGAUCCCGAAACUGCGAAAAAGGCUUUGGAUUCUAUCUUGGCUGAUGCUCAGGCGGUGGUGGACGGACAAGAAGACUUCGUGCAACGCAGCUCGAAUGUACCCGAUCCCAAGGCUCAAUGGACCAAAAUCUUGGAAGAGAUGUUAGCCUCUACUCAAUCGACUGAUUGGGGAGGUCUCUUUGCUUCUGGUCAAAUCAGUUACAGAUUACUCCCUGCCAUGUCCUCAAACAAUUACGAAGCGGGGAUCAUUACGUUUCUAUCUGGGCUUCUCAAGCCUCGCCGCGUCCUAGAACUCGGAAUGUUCACUGGAACAAUCACUCUUACAUUUGCGGCAGCCAAGUCUGUGGAACAAGUCGUUACGCUCGAGGUUGAGCCUUUCCUUGAAGGCUGGUGUCGUCCCUUCUGGAAGCGUGCGGGGGAAGGGUUAAAUGAGAAGAUUGACGUGCGAGUGGGGGAUGCAAGAAAGACUAUAGACGAGAUGGCUCAAAAUGGCGAAGCUCCGUUUGACAUGAUCCUCAUCGACGCCGACAAACCCUCAUAUUUAGCAUACUUCCGCAAAAUCGUCGAGCACAAAUUACUGUCCAAAAACGGCGUCAUGAUCAUCGAUAAUGUCUUAUUCGCAGGUACCGCUUACGCACCUUACCCCGUUCCACUCAUCAAUCCUCCCAACAUCGAUCAAGCUUCAGUUCAACGUAGUAAUGGUUAUGGAGUCCAUUUGAAAGAAUUAAAUGCAGAGAUUUGUAAUCAUCCUGAAGUCGAAGUCAUGAUGCUGGGAGUUGAAGAUGGUUUGAGUUUAGUCAAAUGGAAAGAUCAAUAAAGAAAUCAUGAGGUUCAGGCUCAGGAUCUUCUUCCUCUUUCUUAUGAAUCAGUUGCAUGUUUUCCUUGAUAACCCAAUCCGAAGCCGUCGAUUUCAGUCUGGUCAGCUCAUAGAGAAUAUCACAAUUGUUUAUAUAUGCCAGUCAAAUCUGCCCGCGUGAAUGUACUCUCUAGGUGAAUUCUUAUUGUCAUGAGUUGAUCUUGUAUUUAUGUCGUGCUUUUGCGCAAGAAUGAAUGAUAUGUCUUCUACGUUACAUC